GUCUCAGUCGCUGACGGGCGCUUGAAAAUGUGAAAUCGCGCUCAGGGAUUCGGCCGGUGGAAUUGCCAUAUCAAAUUGGAAUAUUGGCAAAAACAUCCGCCACAACCAUAUCUGUGAUUAUAUAUAGCCAUCUAACGAAAAAAUAAAAAAUCAUUUUAAAUUAAUACUGAUAGUAGCUGUAACUAGCGAAAAAAAAAAACAAAGAAAACUGCCGUAUAAAUUGCACAAACCUCAGUUCAGCCAAUCAGUUUAAGAUUGAGGUAACAUGAAAUCCUCAAUUUCUUUGCUGCUGGUCGUCAUCUGCACUGUGGUCCUGGCCGCGCAACAGAGCCAAGCGAAAAAGGGAUGCCAGGCCUACGGUCAUGUGUGCUAUGGUGGUCAUGGCAAACGCUCCCUGAGCACCGGAUCUGGGUCCGGAACGGGGGUGGGCGAGACAGCCUCCGGUGGGCAAGAACAGGACUACCUGCGUCCAAAUGGCAUGAUGACGCCGAAUGAACAGGUUGCGGUGGCUCCCGAGGGCGACUUUAAUGACUAUCCCGCCCGUCAGGUGCUCUACAAAAUCAUGAGAUCAUGGUUUAACCGACCUCGGCGACCGUCUGCCCGCCUGGGUGAACUCGAUUAUCCUUUGGCCAAUUCCGGCGAGUUAAAUGCUUUAAACUAAGCCUGGAAAAUGUAUGAAAAGUCGCAAUUUCCACAAUCUACAGUGAAAACCAGAACAUGAACAAAACCUCAGCAAAACGAGAGCAAAAACAAGAACAACAACAACAUCAGCAACAACAACAGCAAAAACACAUGAAUUACUUAUGAAUGUUAAUUACUUUCGCGACUUGUAUAAAAUGUUUGAUAAAUGUCUACACCUACCAAGCAGUCAAUUUCCAUGCUAAUUGCAUAAACAUCCAACAUUAAACCAAAAAAAAACAACUGAAAUUUUUAGGGGCUGGUAAGGAUUUCAGUGUCAAAAAAAUAUUGGGAAAGUCGACAAAGAAUAAAUCGAAGAAAACGGCAAAAAGACAGCGUGUUUCAAUGUUUUCUUUAUAUAUAAAAUGCAUAUAUUUUAUUUAUGUAUAUUUACGAGGAAAGCUAAAGACUAUAUGUAGUUGUAAUUUUACUUUAAAAAAAAAAAAAAAAUAUAUAUAUAUAAAACUCGAAGAAAAUAUUGAAAAACUUUGUAAACUGUGUAUGUUAAACGUUAUAGGUGUAUAUUAUGUAUGUAUGUAUAUUAUGGCAGCAUAGCACAAACAAAUUGUUCACAUUUUUAUUUAUAAAGAGAUGCUUGGUUAAAUAAAUAAGAUAAUGUGCUGUAAAAGCAAAAAAAAAUCCAAUAUUAGCUAUUGUUUUAUAUUUUAUAAUCUAAUCUGGCAAAGACAUAUUUGGCUUCACGACCAAAGUGGUUGAUUUAAGUUCUAAAAUAACCCAUCAAAUGGUAAAUACAUUACAAUGGUAUUUAUCUUUAGAAAAUUAUGAUUUAUCCCUUGGAUUCUUAAAGAGAUUUUUCGAUUCACCUACUUACAUUUACCUGAUUUGGGUUACAGUAGUACAUAUGUUUCGGAUUAGGAAUCAACGCAAAUAUUGAUUAUCGUAAAUAUGUUUAGCAUUAGGGAUCAACCCACAUAUGUUCAGCAUGAGGGACCAAUGCAAAUAAAGUGAUAAGCGUUAGCUAUCAACGCAAAGAAAAUAAAGAAUCCGAAAAAUGUAUUUAUUUAGGUGCAUACAACUACGUUUUGUUAAAUCUUAAGUUGGCUAUAUAAAGCAACAUUAAAAUCAUGUUCAACACAGUCUUAGCGGAUCGCUUGGUGACCGAACAAGUUCGAAGAGUACUUCUGAAGUCUAAAUUAUAGCUUCUAAUUUCAAAGAGAAUUUGCAAUCAAAGAGCAACCAUAACAAUGAAGGUUCUUGUGUUUAUUUUGGUUUGUGUGCUUGUCAGCCACUCAUUAAUGUUGGUAUCAGCCGGUCCAUGUGAGAAUGCCGGAGGAAACAAAUUAUACCAGAGAUGCGAUAAAAACUCAGAUUAUUCAAUCCAGAUAUGCAUAAAUAAAUGCAAGGAUCGAGGUGCCCCACACGGCGAUUGUGUAGGGAAAUCCUGUUGUUGCUUCUUAGAAAAAAAUGGUAAACAACAUUUUAAUUGAAUAGAAUCAUUAUAUUUCUAUUGCAUUUUCUAUGUUAUCUCCAAAUGAAUUGUAAAAACAUAACAACUCAAAAACGAAAUUUUAAAAUAAAUUAAUGCAUUUUAA